AAGGGGGUGGAGCUGCCAGCCAUGUUCAUGCAAGUGGUGUUAAGGCAGUAGCCCUUAGUUUAAGUAGUUGUCCGCCAGCAACGGGAAGACCACAUUGAGUUUCUUUCUUAGUUGCGUUUCACUCAAACCGUCACCACGUUGAACUUCACAGAAUUUUCGGCCCCCUACCCUAACAUGAUGGGUACGGCGGAUGGCCUUGAUCAGGAUGUACCUAAUAAGUCUGCUUUCAUGGAGUUACAGCAACAAGGACUGACCGCCAUGCAACAUCAUGCCCAACCCUACCAGAUACGGUCUGCGUACCCUAGCCAUCAGGCACCGCAGCAUGAAGCAGCUUUCCCCGGCAGCCAGCAUGCCAGAUCGCUCGGCGGUUAUCCCUUCCCAAUGAAUAAUAACCAUCUGAAUAGUGGUCUUCACAACUCUUACACUCAUCCGAGCCAUCACUACCUGGGGACAUAUCCCCCAAAUGUGGCUAGCUGUGGUCCCCCAUGCCCACCAUCACCUAGAGAUGACAAAAUCCAGCCGGAAGAUACACUACGGGUUAAUGGGAAAGGAAAAAAGAUGAGGAAACCCAGAACCAUCUACUCCAGUCUUCAACUCCAGCAGCUCAACAGGAGGUUCCAAAGAACGCAGUACCUGGCACUGCCCGAGCGAGCUGAGCUUGCUGCCUCGCUAGGCCUAACUCAAACACAGGUCAAAAUAUGGUUCCAAAACAGAAGAUCCAAAUAUAAAAAAAUGUUGAAAGCCCAGCAACAAGCGACCGGCCAGGGACCUCAACAACAACAAACCUCCCAUAACCAGGCACAACAUCCGCUCAAUCCCGCCACCACACCGCAGACGCCAUCGGAGCCGCCGGAGACACAUAGCCCAGGUAGUGCCGGGCAACCUGGCCUGCUGCCUCCAAAUAGCAACAGUCCGGCUGUCAGCAGCCUUGCAGCAGUCAGCCCGCCCGCCAUGAGCCCUCCGAUAAGCUCGUGGGACAUGAACCCCGGCAAGCCCCCCAUGAGCUUACCCAACGGCUACAUGCCCCAGUAUUGGUACCAUCAACCGGAGCCUAGUAUGAACCAUCAAAUUCUCACUUAAGAUAUGUGCUGUUAGUUCUCCCAGCACGUGCAGCCAGACCUUCCCUCUUCUAAGACCGUGAGUACGUGGCUUUCAGUAUUCAAGCCGGAGACAAGCUGCCGGCCCAGCUAACGGGCCUUUUUGGAUAUGGGACCAGCAUAAUACCCAAAAUUAUUUGUUCGGUAUAAUAAUAAUAUUCUCUGUACCUAUAUUUCGUCGUGUCGAAGUAAGUUUGACUUCCUGGUCCUCGGCUCCGGUCGCUACUCUCCUGGCUGUGUGGUUUUUGUACAUGUACAUUAGGGUUAAGUCCAACUGGAAACGUCUUGUGACCUCUGUACAUAGCGUGUCUCUCUACGAAACAGCCCAUGUUUAUUUUAUGAACUUGACUGUACCUAGCGGUCGUUUGUGUAAACUUAUUCAAUCUAUUUUAUUUAUGGACAGGUAUGUCAUUGACUGAAAUUAAUAGACUGUUUUCUGGCCGUUAGGUCUGUUUGUAUAGUAAUGUAAGCCAAAGGGGCUGUUUGGUGAAAAUUUCAGUGUCCUGGUGACUUAAAAUUGAAUUAAAUCAAAGUCUGUCACAGAAAAACACAUGUUUAAAUUGCGUAAUUCCAAAGCUUAUAAAUUUAAUGGAUAAAAUGAAUGUAACGAUACCGCCAGAUAGUCUUAGUUCAACCAUCAUUGUACUCACCAUUUUUACUGUGAUUAGUCUAUGUACAACCAUCCUGCCACCUUUCUAAUUCUAAGCAGCUCUAAAAUACGAUCUUUGUUCACCUAAAAUUUCAUCCACAAAAACGUCAUUUUGAAAUGUUUGACAUUUGUGUAUAUUUUACAGGCCUCAUCAAUAAAUAUUGUUUCACAUAAAUCA